GACCGGAAGCUGCGAAGCGCGGGGUGUUCUGGGAAGCGUCCCAGGUGGCUACCUUGCGAGGAGGCCUCUCUAGACGAAGAGGCCGAGGGAAGGCGAAGCUCAAUGGAAGCGGCGUGGCGCCUGAUGAUGGCCCCGCCGCGCUUAUGGACGGGCAGCACCAGCAGCAGCCUUCUCGUCUCUGCAGCUCGUCGGCUGUUCAGUACAGACGCUCCUAAAUCAUUUCUGGUGAAAGAACCUCCUCCUCCAAAAGUGGUUGACAGAUGGAAUGAGAAACGAGCACUCUUUGGUGUCUAUGAUAAUAUUGGAAUUCUGGGGGAUUUCAAGGCCCACCCCAAAGACCUGAUUGUGGGGCCGGUAUGGGUACGUGGAUGGAGGGGAAAUGAGCUGCAGAGAUGCAUUCGCAAAAAGAAGAUGGUGGGUGACCGAAUGUUCGUUGAUGAUUACCAUAAUCUGAAUAAGAGGAUUAAAUUCUUGUACAAGCGAUAUAAUCGCUAUAGACUGCAUCGUUAAGAGAAAUUCUCUGUAACAACAUUUAUCCCCAUAUUGUGCAUUACUGGAAGAUAUUUAUUAGGCUCUAAUAUGCAGAAACUGAUGGUUGUGUGAAGCCAUCCAAAUAUCAUCCUUGUUCCAUGUUUUGAAUUAUUUUCUUUCACUUCAUUAAUUGAAAUACUUUAGUGUUCUGAUAUGCCAUUUCUUAGAAAUAUUAUUCAAGCAAUUUUGAUUUCACAUGUACUUCAGGAUGAGAUACAUUAUAUGGUUAUUUGUCAUAUGGUUGACAUAUAAUUGCAAAUAAUAAAUUUCAUUUUUUU